GUCCAGUCCAGCCGAUCUGCACCAGCAAAUACAGUAAUACAGUAAUUAUAAGCCCUGUGGUGAAUCGCGGACAGCCUCAUUAUUAACCACUGCCUACCAUUGCAGCCCAGCGGCAUAGAAAGUUCCUACACCUCACCUGUUCCAUCAUCUCGUUUGGACCCAUCAUCAGCAGCAGCGUGACGUGGCGUGUGACGAUACCGACAUUCCUUCGCCCGCAUACACAAAACCGUCGUCGUCUGGAGAAGAACCACCACCAACUGCCGUUCCACCGUCGUUCUCGUCCCCGAACCCUCUGACGUUUGCCCGCCGCCGCCGCCGCGUCUCCCGCACUCCAAGGUUGUGUCAGUCGACCUCCCGCUGGACACAAUUGGCCACGUGACAAUCUCGAGGGAUGCCAAACCGCACCCGUAUCCAUUCCACACUCAGAUGAACCUUUCAAAGUGGCAAUGAGUGCUGUCGGAGGUCAUCCUGCCACUCCCACCGCCACUCUACGGGACACACAAGAGGAGGUCGAUGAGGAAGAGAACAACCACCACCACAAUGACGAUCCCAUCUCACAUCAGUACAAACCGCCGGCAUUGCCUGCAGAUCUACCACGCUCCCUAGACGACCGGAUGUCUUUCCCAGGUCACCACCAAGAGACCGAGUACUACGAUGCCUGGCAAGGACAAUCCCAAUUCUUGACGGCACCCACGAGUGCAAAGCCCCUCACAUUCAACCUGGCCCUCAAUGAACCGGACGACGAUGGCGCCUUCGGGCAAGGGUUCGGCAACGAUGAGGCACGGAUGGCGGAGAUGCUCGCAGGCUCCACGUCGAAGGUGGGAGACGCUGGGGAACUCGAGGAGGAGGCGAUUCUGAAUGACGAACAAUUGUCCAGCGAGGAAAAGACAAAGUCUCUACAGGAUUUCCUGUUCAUGGCCGCAUCGAACGGAGACGCGAGGAGGGUACAGAGGCUGGUCAGAGGCGCUGCGUCCAAUCUCAUCCGCAUAGACGAGGUCGACGCGGAAGGGACGCCGCCGUUGGUCUACGCCAGUUGCUUCGGGCAUCGGGAAGUCGUGCUCUCACUGCUCAACGCAGGCGCUACGGUGGACAGCCAAGAUCGGAACCAAUGGACGGCGCUGAUGUGGGCGAUCACAAACCGUCACAAGGACAUCGCCAAAAUCCUCCUCGAUCACGGCGCCUCCACCGACAUCAAAUCGUCGAGCGGUAGGACCGCUCUCGACUUUGCCCCUCCGAACAGCGAGAUCUCCGACUUUCUCCAACAUAGUGGAUAUUCCAUCGGCAGCGCCGGCGUGACCGACGACUUUUACACAUCGGGAUUCUCGCAGGAUCGAUUCGAGGAGGAAUUGGCCGAGAGUGAAAUGCGAAGGCGCAUGAUGAUGGAAAGCGCGAUCAACCUCGAAGUCGAUCUUGGAAACCUCGGAUUGGACGAACAGCCCGAAUCUCCCGACGAAAUCGAAGAAGGUCAAGAAUUCGUCUGGGAUCGGUGCUUGAACGAUCAAAUGUUCGUCUUUAUGGAGAGCGACAUCGAACGGAUACUGGAUGUGGUCGUGACCAACAUGACCCCACAACGCUCCGCUUCACAGAAACCCGUCCCAGCGAAUAUCAUCUUCCUCGGUGCCCGCUACGCCCACUACCACGCAAACGCCGAACUGCUGGCGGAAUGGUUGGAAAUGUCACAGGAUAAGAUUUAUGCGGUGGUCGAUCGCCACCAAUGGGACAUGACGAUUCUCGCGUUUUGGGUGUCGAACGCGACUCUGCUGCUGUACUACCUCAAAAAGGACGCCGGACUCGCGGAAGUCACGACGCAAUUCCAAGCGCAAAUGGCCGAGCUGUUGCAUGAAAUAUACAUCCUCAUCAUCCGUGAUGCGGAGAGGCGAAUGGAUAAGGUCUUGGACACGGCGAUGCUCGAUCACGAGACCAUCCCCGGAUUCGAGGACAUUCACUUCCAGAACGAAUGGAAAUUCCUCCGGACGAAGAAGACCGUCAAGCCGGAACCGGUGGACAAGCGCUUCCGACCACCCUCCCCUCGACGGAAAGCCCAGACAUCGCCUCGAAACAUCACCUCCCUCCUCUCGUCGACGCUGUUCGUCCAAGACCUGUACGACGUCCACCCCGUCAUCACCGCACAGAUCCUCUCCCAGCUAUACUACUGGCUGGGCGCCGAGAUCUUCAACCGCAUCAUGUCCAACAAACGCUACCUGGCGCGCACCAAGGCCAUGCAGAUCCGCAUGAACAUCUCCAUGCUCGAGGACUGGGCGCGCACCAACAACCGGCUGCCGGAGCAGUACGAGAACGGCUCGAUCGCGCCCUCGGGCGAGGCCACCAUCGACGCGGCCCGCCGCCACCUCGCCCCGGUGGUGCAGCUCCUCCAAUGGCUGCAGUGCUUCUCCUCGCUGGGCGAGGACCGCGAGGCGAUGGAGACCACCCUCCAACAGCUCCCCUCGCUCUCCACGAAACAGCUCCUCCACGCCGUCAAACACUACCGCGCCGAGGUGGGCGAGAAAUCCCUCACGCGGCCCGCCUCGCGCCACAUCCAGGAGGUCAAGAGCCGACCGCGCGUGACCUCCAACGCCUCGCACUCGAGCGGCCACAACCACAGCCACAACAGCAACGAUGCCACACAACCCUCCACCUCCCGGCCCCCCUCCUCCCUCAUCGACGCCAACCACCCCCUCACCUCCCCGGCCCCCAACCCCCCCACGCAACCCUCCGCCUCCGACCAAGACGCCGACCUGCCGGAGACGAACCUCAUGAACCCGGCGCUGCUCCUGCCCUUCCACCUGCCCACCUCGACGGACAUGCUGGUCAGCUACGGCGCGGGCUUCGGCGGCGUGAACAAGGAGCGCGAGCGCCGCUACAUCCCCUCGGUGCCGCCCGAGUUUUUGAGUAAGCUGGACCCCGGCGCCGGGAACCGCCAUUUCGUCAACGGCAUCUACGACGCGGAGCGGUUCAGCGAUAGCUCUUGAGGGGUUUUCGGUGGGAGGAGGGGAGAUGGAGAGACGGAGAUGGAGCAGAGGAGAUGAGAUGAGAGAAAAAUGGGAGGAAAAUGGGAGGAAAGCGUCUAGAGAAAAUGAAAAUUCUCUUCUUCUUCGUCUUCAUCAUCAUCGUCGUCGUCGUCGUCGUCAUUGCUAUUGCCAUGUUUGAUUCGAGGAAUGGACCACCAACGACGUGGAAAGUCGGUCGUCCUCUUCUCCUUAUUCUUCUUCUUCCUCCUCCCCGGAUAUAUGACAGCAACUCGUUUUCCGUCUCCAUCCUACUCCUGGCCUUACCUUCGCGCCUUCCAUCCUCUUUCCCUUUUAUUAAUCCAACGCGCCUCU